AUGCAGCGCCUUUUUCGUUUGAAUGGUGGCUGGACAUUUUUCAAGCGUGGUGGUUUUGGCAAUCCUAUUAGGUCUAGCUUUCGGUCGCCCGCACAGACGCUAAUAUGGCCAUCAUUUCUAAUAGCAGCCACAAGCACGUACUAUAGACCUCAACUGCGCAAUGAGACACUCCAGCCAGAUCCCUCGGGAGAUACGUUUGAGAUGGGUCUUUACAAGGCAUCGCAGAAUGAAUUAGCGCGCCACGUUCUCGAAAAACGCUCGAGGCAGCUAGCACAUUGUCGAUCCAAGAUUACGCGCUGGCUCUCUCGAGUCUGGUUUCAAUUCAAGGAUAAAGUACUAGAGCCAGUACUAACUACAUGGAGAUUCGUGGAACUGUCAAUUCUCUUUUUUCCCGUGCUUCUAAUGUACCCAAUAAUGUAUUUUGGCCAUAAAGUAAAGAUUUCGAAUUCCGCAAAGAGCGUCAACACAACUUAUGGAGCGCUUCUUUGGUACCGGCUUCUAAGGCACGUUCUAGAGCUUGCAGGUCCCAGUUUUAUAAAAUUGGGACAAUGGGCGGGAUCCAGGACCGAUAUUUUCUCAGAAGGCUUGUGCGCAGAACUGGGAAACUUACACAGUAAUGCCAAGAAACACUCUCUUAAGUACACAAAAAGUCAAUUGUCUGAAGCACUCGGCAUCACUGACCUAAGCGAAGUAUUUGAUGAGUUCAAAGAAAAACCUUUGGGUGUAGGUGCCAUUGCCCAAGUGUAUGUUGGUCAAAUGUCUACCAAGUUCGUUGAAGACCGCAAAUUAGAGUUAGAUGCAGAAGAAAAUAGAUGGUGCGCGGUGAAAAUCAUUCAUCCACACGCAGCGCGAAAGAUCAGCCGCGAUUUAAAAAUCAUGAAGUUUUUUGCAGAAACGAUUGAUAUGAUACCGACAAUGGAGUGGCUUUCUUUGCCGAACGAAGUUGAGCAGUUUUCCAUUUUAAUGCGGCUUCAAUUGGAUUUGAGAAUAGAGUGCCUCAACUUGGCGAGGUUCAACGAUAAUUUCAAGGACUCGUUUCAAGUUAAGUUCCCCAAAGGAUUUCAAGAACUGACCAGUCGACAAGUUCUAUUUGAGGAAUAUAUCUAUGGAUUUCCUAUGGAAGAGUUCUUGCGGGCCAAGGAUGACCUAAAGGAUCCAAAUUUGAGCAAGAAAGUGAGUGAUCCCUUCAUUGACGCCUUUUUAAAAAUGCUGAUAUUAGACGAUUUCAUUCACGCAGAUUUGCAUCCCGGUAAUGUCAUGGUGCGCUUUCUGAAAACCGACAAGUACGGUUCGAAAUCUGUUUCCACGGAACAAGACUGCUACGAAUUGGUAAACCGCUUGAAGGUUAAACUAAAAACUAACGAUGACUCGUUUGUGCAAGAGUUGCAAGACAUAGUUACUCAGUACACACCCCAAAUUUGUUUCAUUGAUGUGGGCCUUAUUACAGAACUUAAUAAACGGAAUCGGACUAACUUUAUUGCCCUGUUCGAUUCCUUAGCCAGAUUUGACGGCUACCGUGCCGGAGAGCUUAUGAUCGAAAGAUCGAGAACACCUGAAACUGCCGUUGACAAGGAGGUCUUCGCUCUCAAGGUAGAAAAACUGGUCAGUAAAGUCAAAAAGCGCACUUUCACCUUAGGAACAGUCUCGAUUGGUGAUCUUCUGGAUCAGAUGCUCGGCAUGGUACGAGGCCAUCACGUGCGCAUGGAGGGCGACUUCGUCUCUGUUGUGGUUGCCAUUUUACUUCUAGAGGGAAUUGGAAGACAACUAGACCCAGAUCUGGAUCUAUUUGCAAGCUCGCUGCCUAUCCUAAGAGAGUUUGGUAUGAAACGCGAGGGAAGAAGCAUUUUACAAGACGUCGACACACUUUCCAUGUGGAAAAUAUGGCUAGGAUUAGAGCUUCGUCAAUUUAUGAAUUUAUCUGUCAAGCAGAUGCACGACUUAGUCAAGACAGACCAGCUCUGUCCAAACUAUUAA